AUGUCUAAGCUGAGUAUCCUUUUUUUGUGUGUCUUCAUUGUCGGAGAUUUGGAUGGAUCAUUGGCAGGAUUAUUUCUCAAUCCUGAAAAUCGGUAUAGGCAAUCCAUCCAAACUGCUCUUGAGCCAAUGGAUGGUUAUAUCAGGAAAACUGCAGCCCAGCUAAACAGGAUCGAAGGUGAGCAGAAGGCCAUGCAGAACAAUCUUCAGGCGGUACGAAACGGACAGGAACUGCAGGUGACCAAAAUUCACACAAUGAUGCACGACCACCUUAAUCUGACUGGAGAACUUUUGAAUCAGAUCAUCGCGCAGCAAGACGAAUCGACCAGGUCUCUUUGCAUUACCAAGGAAGACUUCGAGACCAGUUUGAAGAAACUUCAGACCAAAGUGGAGGUCGAAAUACUUGCAGUUCAGACCAGUAUCGAAAAGCUUUUGACCAAAAUCGAAGGGCAGUAUUUUCAGACGACAACUCUUAAGCCCCUCUCCACAACCUCCUCAGAAAACAUCCAUUCAAAGUUCCAGCUGAUCGGCGAUCGAUAUUUCUACAUUGAACGAAAUAUUAAGGCAACUUGGACUAGUGCUGAAUCCCACUGUCUACGGAUGGGUGGUUACUUAGCCACCAUCAACGAAAGUGAGUUUAAUCCGAUCAGAAAAGUACUCGAACGUAUGUCUUACGCCUCCUACUGGCUUGGCAUCCACAGCAAGAACAAUACGGACCAGUUCGUGUCUUUGGCCACCGGAAAGACACCUUCAUUCCUAGAAGGGCUUCGAAAACACUUCCAACCUGAAAGUUGCGUGUUUCUAACAAGCACACUUUUGACUAAUGGUAAUUGCAAUUUGGAGCGUUUAUUCAUUUGUCAGCAAGACAAUCAAGUAUAA